AAACAAAAGAUUCAUAAAUGUUUCAAAGCCCCAAGAAUGAAGCAGUGUUUCGCAAGCGACCGUCUUCACUAGUUUACGUAACGCGAUACGGCUUGCAGUGACAUUGACUGUCGUAUAUUGUCAUAUUAAAUCUUUAAAUCAGCAGCAGAAAUGGCCGAAGAGAUCACACUGUACUGGUGCACGGAUUCUCCACCCUGCUGGCGUGUGAGGAUCACGCUGGAGGAGAAACAGCUGCACGGAUAUAACGGCAAACUGCUGUCGUUUAUAAAAAAUGAACAUAAAGGUCCUGAGGUGAUGGCGCUGAACCCCAGAGGACAGCUCCCAACUAUGAAGCACGGAGACAGAAUCGUGAACGAGUCGUUUGCCGCGUGCAUGUAUCUGGAGAGUGUGUUUAAAAGGCAAGGCACACAACUGAUCCCAGAUGACCCUGCUGAACAGGCUUUGGUUUAUCAGCGCAUGUUUGAGACAAACACCCUGCAGCAGAAAAUGUAUGAUGUGGCUUUCUAUGAAUGGUUUGUACCUGAAGGAGAGAGACUUGAAUCUGCCCUGAAGAGAAGGAAAGAAGAUUUAAUUUCUGAGCUGAAACUGUGGAACGGCUAUCUGGAGAAGAUGGGAAAAGGAUCUUACCUCGCUGGCAAAAACUUCACCAUGGCCGAUGUUGUUUGCUUCCCUGUCGUAGCGUUUUUUCCACGUCUUGGUUGUCCUAAAGAGAGAUGUCCCAGACUGAUGGAGUAUUAUGAGAUGGUGAAGGAUCGGCCCAGUAUUAAAGCCAGCUGGCCACCAAACUUCCUGGAGAAUCCUGAGGGUGAGGGCUCAAUGAAGAACUUAUAAACUUCAACCUUCUGUCACAGAGACUAAACUUAAAUGCAUGGAGUAUAUAUAACAUUACAAGAAAAUUACAUUUAGUUUAAACUGAUAUCAGAAAUGAUACUAAUCUUUUAUUUGUUUGUUAUUUGAAGUUAAUCUUAAUUUUUUUGUUUGAUACUUGAAUAAUAACUAAACAUUU